CUGGGCAAGUUCAGCCGGAGCUUCUGCUGCCAUUAGCCCGCCCGGCUGAGCGGCCCCGCGGCCGAGGGAGCAUGGUCGAGGAGGCGGCGGGGGAGUCGGAGGCGCUGCUGCCCACGCCGGCGCAGCCGGGCCUGGAGAAACUGAGGCACUUCAGGACGUACAAGCGGCGGUGGUUCCUCCUGGGCGUCGUCUGCCUGAUCAAUUGCUCCAACGCCACGUUGUGGCUGACGUUCGCUCCAGUGGCUGAUCAAGCAGCAGUCUAUUUCAGCGUAUCUUUGGAUACCAUUAACUGGCUAUCCUUACUGUAUCUUCUGAUAUCCAUUCCAUUUGGACUGGUGGCCACAUGGCUUCUUGAUACUGCUGGACUCAAAUGCACUAUAAUCCUCAGUGCCUGGCUGAACAUGAUUGGCUGUGUUAUCCGGGUUUUCAGUAUCAUGAAUUACCUGAGAAAUAGAAUCGUGGGCAGGUUCUUCCUGUUUGUGGGACAGUCCCUCUGUGCGCUGGCACAGCCACUCAUCAUUUUUUCUCCAACUAAGCUGGCAGCCCUCUGGUUCCCAGACCACCAGAGAGCUAUAGCAAAUACAAUCUCUUCAAUGUCCAAUCCCUUGGGCAUGCUUAUAGCUAACUUGGUGUCACCUGCACUUGUGUCUGAAGGAAAGGAUAUCCCAAUAAUGCUUGGAAUUUAUGCCAUUCCUGCAGUAGUAGCCUGCAUACUAGCAGUAGUUGGUGUACAUGACAAGGUCCCUCCAACUCCACCAUCGGCAAGUGCUACAAAUUCUACCUCCCAGCCAUUUUUCACAGGCUUGAAAAUGCUUAUGAAAAAUAAACCAUACAUCAUCCUGGCAAUCUGUUUUGGAGCUGGGAUUGGGAUUUUCACUUGCUUUUCAGCUCUUUUGGAACAGAUCCUCUGUGUAAAGGGGUAUUCAAACUUCUUUGCAGGCCUGAAUGGUGCAUUGUUCAUUGUGUUUGGUUUACUUGGUGCUUUUCUCCUGGGACUAUAUGUUGACAGAUCAAGAAGAUUUAUAGAAGCUACCAAAAUCUGUUUUAGUCUGGCUGCAUUAGCCAGCAUCGUAUUUGCAGUGAUGACAAAUUUCAGAAAUCAGACUAUUCCUUUGGCUUUGAUCUGCUCGCUGUUUGGGUUCUUUGGAUUUUCUGUCUACCCGGUUGCUAUGGAACUGGCUGUUGAAUGCUCCUUUCCAGUGGGAGAGGGUACAUCCUCAGGCCUGAUUUUUGUAUUGGGUCAGGUCCAAGGAGUGAUCAUCAUGAAGCUGGUGCAAGCCCUCACAGUGCAGAUUCCUAAGGAUCCAUUUUCUACUUGUGCUGGAGAUGAAGGCGGGACAGUAGAUUGGAUAAACUCAACACUGGGGAUGGCUGGAAUACUCAGUGCUAUUGCCUGCUUUUAUGUCAUCUUUUUCCACACUGACUACAGAAGGCUGCAUGCUGAAGCAUUUAAUGGUUCCUCAGUCAACAAAAUAGAAGAUAAGGAAGUCAUAGCUCCUGGAGUCUAGAACAUCUAGACUUUAUCAUACACUGACAUGCU